GGGAGAGAAGGGGGUGAGGAGAGUUGAAUGAUUGAACUUUCUUGUUUAGUUUCUGCGGCGCGGAGCUGUCUGUCCCCAGUGCAGCCCGGCACCCGCCCGGCGAGCAGCAGCUCAGCCCGCAGCACCCGGCCGCCCUUCUGCCCUCCCCUCCCGCGGAGCGAUGGUGCGGAGGGCGCCCGGCGCGUCCCUCGCCCUGCUCCUCUGGGUGACGGCCGUCAGCGGCAGCCCCGCCGGCCCGGGGGCCGCCACCGCCCGCAGGCAGGACGAGGCGUUCUCCACCGCCAGAUGCACCUCCAGGUGCCUGAGCCUGCAGAUCACCCGCAUCUCCGCCUUCUUCAAGCAUUUCCAGAACAAUGGAUCACUUGCUUGGUGCCAGAAUCACAAACAGUGUUCAAAGUGCCUGGAGCCCUGCAAAGAAUCCUGGGACUUGAAGAAAAACCACUGCCAAAGCUUCUGUGAGCCUCUUUUCCCCAAGAAGAAUUAUGAAUGCCUAACUAGCUGUGAAUUCCUUAAAUACAUCCUGUCAGUGAAGCAAGGGGACUGCCCAGCACCUGAAAAGGCCAGUGGUUUUGCAGCUGCCUGCGUUGAAAGCUGUGAAGCUGAUAGUGAAUGUUCUGGAGUGAAGAAAUGCUGUUCCAACGGAUGUGGUCACACAUGCCAAGUUCCCAAAAAUCUGUACAAAGGUGUUCCAUUGAAACCCCGGAAAGAAUUAAAAUUCAUAGAACUCCAGUCUGGAGAUCUAGAGGUGAAGUGGUCUUCAAAAUUCAAUAUUUCCAUUGAACCUGUGAUUUACGUUGUUCAGAGGAGGUGGAAUCAAGGAAUCCAUCCUAGUGAGGAUGACGCUACUAACUGGCAAACUGUGGCACAGACAACAGAUGAGCGGGUUCAACUGUCAGACAUCAGAGCAAGCAGGUGGUACCAGUUCCGCGUGGCAGCUGUGAACGUGCAUGGGACAAGGGGCUUCACGGCACCCAGCAAGCACUUCCGCUCCUCUAAAGAUCCAUCUGCUCCACCAGCUCCAUCUAAUAUCAGAAUUGCCAAUAUCAGUGCAAACAAUGAUGGAACUGUUAAUGUAAUGAUUACUUGGGAUCUUCCAGAAGAGCCUGAUAUCCCAGUGCACCACUACAAAGUUUUCUGGAGCUGGACUUAUAGCAAAUAUGUGAUUCCAGCUAAAAAAAAAAGAAGGAAGAUUACUGAUGGGCCCCAGAAUUAUGUGGUCCUGGAGGGACUUCAACCCAACAGCAACUACAAUGUAGAACUGCAGGCAGUAACACGCUGGGGUCAGAUACGCCUUAAAAGUGCUAAGGUUUCUCUUCAUUUUAGCACAGCACAGGACAACAGGAAUAAUAAUGAACAGACAUCUGCUGGGAAACCUCCAAAAGGACUGGUAGAUCCUUACCCAACCUUUCAAAGAAGAAAACCAACUCGUUUUCUUAAAAUUGGAACUCCUUUCUAUCAGGACAAUCAACUUCAGGUUAAAGUGUACUGGAAGAAGACAGAUAUCAACAUGAAUCAAUUCCAAGUCCACUCAUUACUGGAAUCCUGUGUACAUAAUGACACCAAGGGACUUGAGAAAGUAACUGAGCUGACUUAUGAGAACUACAUGAUUCUGAAGGACCUGUCAUUUUCGUGCAAAUAUAAAGUAACUGUUUUACCUGCAAAAUCUAAAAGUCGUUUUAAAGCUGAGAGUAUUUUCUUUGUCACCCCAUCUUGCUCUGCAUUUAAAGAAAAAACCCAUAAGCACAUUAAUUGUGCUGCUGAAGAAGUGCCAGUUCUACCCAAAGUGUUGGCCAAACCCGAGAAUCUAUCUGCGUCUUUCAUUGUUCAGGAAGGUAACAUCACUGGACAUUUUUCCUGGAAAAUAUCUAAGGCAGUCCUUCACCAGCCCAUGACAGGGUUUCAAGUCACAUGGGCAGAAGUAACCACAGAAAGCCGACAGAACAGCUUGCCCAACAGCAUCAUUUCACAGUCACAGAUACUGCCAGCAGAUCAUUAUGUACUCACCGUGCCCAAUCUCAGGCCAUCAAUGCUGUACCGACUGGAAGUUCAAGUAUUGACAACUGGUGGGGAAGGACCAGCUACUAUAAAAUUGUUCCGCACACCUGACCUUCCUCCAUUUUUACCCCACAGACCUCAUCUGAAACAACAUCAUCCUCACCACUACAAACCACCCCCAGAAAAGUAUUAAACUGUUUAAGAUGAUUAUACAAAUAACUGAGAGAAAAACUGAGCUCCCAAGUGGAGGCUAGGAAAAGGCAAAGAAUCCAGUUUUCCAGUGGAAGUUACCACACUGUACAAUCUGUUUCUACUCUUGUGUAGUUUAGUCCUGAAGAAUUUUAUUUCUACCAAGGCCAGGAUGAAGCAUACAAGAAGUACCAUUUCACUACCACCAUUAUUCAACAAACUGAAGAUUGCAUUAAACUCAACACCUGGGAGAAAAUCAAAUGUGUAGAUUAUAAUGUUUUUGUAUUUCUGUGUUUAAAGUAGAUUGAAACAGUGAAGUGUAUACAGUUAUUUCUCUUAGUGGCUUCAAUGUUAAUAUAUGAGAGGUUUUCCUGUGAUGUAUACAUACUUUUGAACACUUGGAGGCCGUGCUGUCAUCAAUAUGUUUAAAUGAUGUAUUUUACUUAAAGCUCUGCCUUUCAACAGUUUAAACUUUAGCGUAUUUUACUCCUGAAGAAAAUACCUAUUUGUCUGAAAUAAAAACAUAUGAGUAAACUAGGUACCAGAACCAGAAACCCUUAAAUAAUCAAGAUUUAAUAACUACAGCAUCAUUGCAGAAGAGAAUGAUGAUACGUGUGCAUAAUCAACCAUCUCUUCUGAAGUAACAUUUCAGCAUGUAGAUCUUAUACUAAUAGAGUUAAUAGUUAAAAUAUAUACAAUGUAGAUACCCAUUCAUUGUAAAGAAGCAAAUGACAGUUGUUUUCAAUUAAUGACAAUUAACGCAAUUAAUUUAUAGGUCCUAGAAUCAUUAUCUUUAAAAUUUUGGUUAUUAUCUUGAGAAGAAAUUCUAAUUUUCUAGCUAAAACUUGAACAGUUCACAUUUUAAAAAUGGAAAUUCUGAGGCACGUUUAUUAUUCAAGUAGUUGUAGAGCUACCUCUUGGCUUCUCUGUCUUUUGAUGCAUUUAUCUCUUUUCCCCAUGGAUCUUUUCAACAGAAGGAUGGGUGUAUUGGCUCCAUGCUAUUCUGCUUACAGAAAGAAUUUUGUGACAAUACUCUGGCAUCUGGCUAGCAAUGGCUUAGAGUUUAUUUGAAUGCAUUUUUCAAAUUCAGGCAGAAAGGUGCCCUUUUAAACCAUAAGGGAAUUCAUAUUGCAUUUAUUGUGCAAUAUAAACUGUCUAGAAUAAUUUGCCAUACAGAGUGAAAUCCCUUGAUAGUAAACAGAAGCUACUUGGAUUUGUUAUCUGCAAGGGUAGAAAGUAUUUGCCAAUAUAUGUCUAUUCAAACAUGUAAUACUCAUAUUUAUCUUCUAAUGGUCAAGACGUUUAAAAUGCUCCUGCAUUCUUUGACACAGGUUCUACUGCUCCGAGUCAUCAUAUUAGACUAGCAUAUAUCAAGAGUUCAGUAGUCAAACUUGACAAGGUAGACAAUUUUUUCUACCAUUGCAUGCCUCACUUUUAUUCCUUAUCAGUUCAAGACACUCAGUGAGAUGAGAUCAUAAAUUAGUUUUAAAUAUAUUUUCCUUCUCAUGGUUACAGUUUGUAUUAUAGAAAAGCAAAUACAGAGAAAAAGAAAAGUAUUCCUGAAAAAUGAGGAUAACAAUUACGUUUCUUACAGUAGAUCCUUCAAAAAUAAUCAUACAUAGUUUGUCGUUUCUGAAAUUUAUAGCUUUUUGGUGCAUAUGGGGUGAUACCACAGAGAGUAAAAGAAACUGAAUUAAUUUCUGAUCAUCUUUUCAUUCCAGUUUUUCUGCAUUUCUCUAUUUGCUAUUAAAGUACUCUUUUUUUCCUUGUUCUCUUUCUGUUUUGCCUGUUGUCUUUUUUAGUAUGCACUCAAUGACCAAGAACUUUUCCAGACAAUUUCUAUUGCUGUUUGAUUUGGGACUUUUUCAAAAAUAUUAAAGGCUGAGUUGCUUUUAUUUCCGUCCUCUGCCACUCUGUCACCUCCUCUCUUCCAAAAUACAUAAACAAGUUAACAGAUGAACCCUUCAUCAAAUCUGUAGGGUAAUAGGUUUGUUUUCAAUUUUGAAAGAAGGCCAGUGUCUCAGGUUUUUUGAGGGGCAAAAAUGUUUGAUGUAUACAAGACUGCUCAAAGAAAAUACAGUAUAAAUUGAACUGGUGUGCAGCAUUGCUUUGACAUUUAGGUUGUGCAGGGUGUAAAGUAAGGAUAGGAAGGAUCUCUGUGAUGUUAGCUGAGAAUGGUUUUAAGUGGGACCAGCGUAAGUAAUACUUUGGGCUUCUUUAAAAACCUCUGUCAAAAUCUUUCCAUCAGAAUCUAUUGCAGUUAUGGUGGAGUAAUUCUGUAGUUUGAUUAAUGAUUUGAUUAAUGUUAAUGAAAUUAUGUUGUAUUCAUAUUGUCAUGGUACAGUGGCAGUGUACAUGGUCAGUGGCAUAGUACAUGGAUGUCAGUUUUUAUCACAGUAAUGUUAAACCUGGCUUGGAGAUAAAGUGGAAAUUAGCAACACUGAGUGAUCAUAUCCAUAGUCUUAAUUGCUGAGUGAAAGCCUUGUUCUUUUGAGAGGAAUCAAAAUUGUUAGUGUUUGCUGAUGUCAAUUUCAUUGAAAUAUUCAACUUUUAAAAGUAGUAACAUACUUUUAAAAUUAUAUGGUGGCUGUUUCCAUAAAAAAAAAAAGAACCUCCCAGUUAAUAAAGCAGAAUUGUAUUAAGAAUUAUACAAGAUUCGAUGAGAAGUAAAUUGUAAAUUUAUUUUUUCUUCAACAAAUGGGUUUAUCAACUCACCUUCCAAGUGAUCCUCCAAAUCAAAAAUCAAAAAUAAUCCAUCAGUGAGGCUCAUGUACAGAUGUUAAAUUCACAGCAAUGAGUGCUUUCCUGAUUAUUUUUUGAAUUUAGCAGUACUGAUUUAAAGUUGCUAGUGCCUAAUUCAUAAAGCCUUGUUUGCUGAAUUGUACAGGUUAUUGUCCUAUAAUUUACUGGCUUAAAUCACAUUAAACAUUUAAUUCAGCAAUAGACUUUUAAUUCACUACUUGAUUCACUAGUCAAAGAUUUAUUUUCUCUAAUGAUGUUGUAUAAUACAGAAUUAAUUUAGAUAUUGGGAUGCUUUUAGAUACUCUGCACCUUUACACCAAUGUAUUAUUUCUUAUGUAAGAUUCCAAUAGAUUUGUCCAUUGGCUUCUUGAUGCAUUUUGUUUAUCUGUAUUUCUGAAAGAAUUAUUAGAUGCCAUUUUUGCUAUCUGCUUUGUGAAAUGGACUUUUUUUUUAUGUUCACCGGGGAUUUUUGUAAGAAGAAAAUUGAGUGUUCUGAUUAUAUCUCUUUUGACAGUUUUUAGUUGUUUAUAGAGGAGAGGAAAUUCAAGUAAGGCAGAAUUUGUGCUGUAUUACUAUGUGUAACAUUUUGAAUGUUCAAUAAGAAUUCAUAACGUGAACAAUAAAUAAGAGGUCUGACUUCUGAAAUGUUUGGCAUCUUCAAGUUAGUGGCUUCAGAAAAAGCUGAGGUGUGGCAGUGCUAAUAUUGACAUUAAUGUUUGACACAGUCACAAACAAAAUCAAAGAAAUACUCACUGCUAAUGUGAAUGGGAAUUUUACCAUUUAUAUUAGCAGAAAGAUACAGAAACCUAAAUACUGAGUAAAUUUAUUUGACAAUAAUUUCAUCUCUAUACUCCCUACUGCAGUCAUGUAGUUUCAGAUAAGCAGGCUCUGAUUCAGGAAGGUGCACAGAAAAGAAAACUUUGAUGAGCACAGAAGUCAGUGGGUUGGAAGUAUACUACAACAUCAUAGAAAUUUUUAUUUUUGUGUGUAUAUGUAAAUGUAGUUGUGGUAUUGACUUAUUUAUUAAUUCAUUUUCUUAUGCUAUGUGCCAAGUAUAUUCCUACCCUUUUGAUCAGUACCUGUGAACAUCAGUGACUAAAAAUAAUGUUAUGAAAACUCGUGCAUUGUAACCAGGAAUAUGAUGCUAAUAAGUUGUUGCAUGUAGUUUUAAAUAAUUAAGAAAACCCUUUAUUUAAAAAAUUGUAAAUGAAUACCUGCAGAUGUUAAUGAUUAUAUAUGGUUUUGCAUGCCAAAACUCAUUGUUCAGUUGUGGGCAUGAAAUGUAAUGACUGUAUUACCUCUACGGAAUAUAUUAGUAAGGUACAAUUUACAAAGUUAUUAACAGAGAUCUAUAUGUAAAAUUUUUCCUUUUUACUUAAUUAUAUUGUAGUAGAGGUAACAGAACUGCUUACCUGUUACCCAAAUUGGCUGUAGAAAUUACAUUCCUAUAACAGUCAUUAAUAGUCAGUAUUUAUUUAUGUAUGUAAUACAAAACAAUUGGUCUUAUGAGUCUGUCCUUUUAUUUAGAGAAAGGAAAUAUGCUUCUUGUAAAAACAAUUUGUAAAAAAAAAAAAAAAGUAAAUGUAAAUAGAGUCUGAUUUCUUUUAUGCAUUAUUUUCAUGUUUAGAGUUUGUACAUACUGUUUAGGUAAUAAACUAUCCUACACUGAAGUCUUGCUACAUUGUCUCCUCCGUACUGGUCUUAGACUGUUUCCCUUUUUUAAUUUAUUAUGGAGAUAUAGAGUCAUCUAUUGAAAAUUAGACUGCCAUUGGUACAUCUACAUUUCAUUGUACAUAAAGUCACAAUAUUUUGUACUCCCUGUUUGCUACUACAUUUUGUUUUCUUUAGAAAGUUAUAAUUUAGGUAUAAUUUAGAUUUUUAUGUUGAAAAGUAAUUCUUGAAAUAAAAAACCAGACACAAGACACAAACACCUACAGUUUCUCUGUUUUAAUGGACUCGCUCACAGUGAAUUUUUCUUCAACUUUUAUGAUACUGUCUUAAAAUGUUGCUAGAUCUAUGCCAGUGGCCUGAGCCUGCAAGUCGGGAUUUCCAUAAUUCAAAAUCAUGGUGAAAUCUAUGCGUACUCCAGAUUUUCUGUUUAACAAUACAUUAUCACUUGAUUUAUAUUAUAUAUUUUUAAUAAAUGAAAAUACGUGUCUUACUACAGCAUUUAAGUGUUUCAACUAGUCACAGAUUGUGCUGUCAUUCUCAGAUGUGAUGUUUUUGCUAAAUCUUGAGGUGUGUGCCUUUCACAUACCCCUGAAUUACCCAAAAAACAUUUAGAUUUUUUUAGCCUGAACAUAAAAUCCAAAAUCUCCUGGCAUUGCUUUCUCAUUAGAAGAACUGUUUUGGGUUUUUGUUGCUUGGUUUUUUUUGUUUUGUUUUGUUUUGUUUUACCUAUAAGUAGUGUUUUGAAAACUCCUUAUAUUUAAAUUUCUCUUCAACUUGGAGUAUUCCUAUGACAUGUGCCAUUAUGGAACAGUAAACCUUCAGAGGAGUUAUAUGAUAUAUCACAGUACGUAGGGAAGAUGUGUUGAUAGGUAGAUGAGGUGUUCUAUAUACUGUAAUUCCAAAUAUCCAUUUUUUUUUCCUUUCAUACCUUCAUGUAAAUAUUCUAUUCAACACUUAUUUAGAAGAAACGGUGACUGCCUGAUAUCAAUCAUAUUAAAUAAAGCAAAUUUGGUAUAUAUUGGGCAGUAAUGAUCCUUUUAGUUUGGAGUUUUGUGUCUUGUGUUUCAGUACAACUUGCAAUGCUAUUUUGCAUCUAAAACCAGAACAUGCUCUGUCAUCCAGAAAGUCCAUUUAUGAAAAAAGGCUAUACAAUGAAAGCUCUUCAUGGUACAGAAAAUAAAUAAAUAAAUAAAUCUCCUAUACUUCUGUUUUCUUAUUACAGGUGUUGUAUUGUCGUCAUCUGGAUAUAUGCCAGCCUCCUUGAGGAAGGCCUUGAGCCAAAACACUGGCUGUUAGCCCACCAGCGACAAUGCAGCACCUGUCAGGGUGAAAAAAAGCACUGGGGAGAACAUUGAGAACAUGGCUUUGAAAUACAGCCAGUGCAGGCUUGAAGGGGAUAUGGUUCAACAUAAGCAAAUAGCUCUGUCCUCCUUUGGAUUGUGCAUAAUAUCUUUUAUGCUUCUCCUGAAGGCACUGGUUGGAGUAGAGAUUAAUAUUUAAUAAAUGCCUUGCUGUAAGCAUUUACUGAGUGCUGUGUGGCUCAUAAACUGAAGAAUUGAUGAAUGCUUGUUCUACCCACUUCAUCACCUGUGACAGCAAUUAAUUUAUGUUAUUUAAUAGCAAGUUUCAUUCAGGAGAUCUCUUUGUUCUCAAAAGAAGAUGAACUUGUCAAUUAUUAGAUUGCCAUUUUUAAGAGAGUUGGGCAAACAUGCUGAACACAAAUAUCCCUUUAUAUUUGUGUGCAAAGGUAUUUGUACCUCAAAUAGAACUUGCUUGUCUUUUUCACAAACUGUCCAGUAACAUAUUUGUAACAGAUUCAAAUCUGUCAAUGUUUAACUCCAGAUUUGGUGGUUAGUAUGGUUAGUACUGAUCAGCCGACAUAUUUUUUACACUUUUAUAACUUUAUUAUUGCCUGAUUUAAACAGUUUAGACUGCAUAACUGUUACUAGAUGUAGAGUGAUGAGCUGUAAUUUCCACUAUGUUGCUUCUACCUAAGUGAGAGGUGAAAGAAGUGAUCACCAAUCCUCCUCCUUCCCACCCUCUUUCACUCCUCAACUCAAAAAAAAAAGCCCAUAAAAUAAUCUUAUAUAUUUGCUGCUUUGCAGAUGUCCUAUUUUCAGUAUUCUCAGUUAUCUACAAGCACUCAAAACAAUCUUUUAAAUUUACUUUCUGAGAUGUGUUGCAAUGCUAGCUUGAAAUAUUUGUAUUUCAGACUAUCGGAAAGCGCAUCUGCACACCAAUAUCAAUUGGGCUGUAACUCGUAAGACUGGAAUAUACAAGAAAAAAGAAAGCAAAGGGAAAAAAAAAAAAACCAACAAACCACCAGCAAUAAAACAAAGCUUGUGGAUUGAUGCUCAUAGAACCCUCUGGGACAACUGUGCUUUUUGUUUGAUGUUCAUUGAAUCAUACUGAAGACAAUGAAAUCCACAUGCAUUCUCCUUGCUUUGACUGGAAUGCAGACAUUUUUCUAAUAACAUGAAGGAUGCGAUUUAAUGACUAAAGGGCUGACAAGUGGCUGAGUUGCCAGGUAUACACGGUAGCUUAAAACUAUAAUGAUGGACCAGAGAAUGAUUCCUGUAUUCUUUCCACUUAUCUGAGGACUGUAUUAAUUUCUCACAUUUUUUUUAUUUUAAUAUCUUUUGGGGGGAGAAGGAACGGUGUAAUAAGGGAUCACUGUUUAUUGCUUUCAUUGUAUGUUCAAUUUAAGAAUAUAUCUCAUUUAUUUAUCUUGGUCAUAGAGGUUAUAUUCAUAGCAUGUUUCUCUUCAAUGCUCAUUGCUACAAAGGUUGAGGUUUGUGAUAUCUUUUCAAUAAAUAAAAUCAUUAAAA